AUGAAAUCAUUAAGAUCGGCUAGCAAGGCGUACGGCAACACGAGCGCGCUUAGGUCCGUGUUCGAGGAUAUCACCAGAAUGGAGUACCUCGUCGAGGCGGGUUACACGAUGGUCGUCAUGGGCAACGCGAUCGACGAGUUCAAGAAGAACUUGGCGGAUAUCAAUGUUAUACUUCGUGAUCAUCAACAUGAACGAGAGCAACGUCGACCCAUGACCUGGUUUGUGGGCAACACGGGCUUCCAGUACGUGGACGCGAACCUGAAUUACGGCCGGAACCUGCGCACGAACACGAACAGACUCAGCGCCUGGACGCAGAUCCAGGCCCCGUACUGGGCUAAGAUGAGAGCCAGAACCAAGUUCCUGUACGAGUGCUAUAUACCACAUCCAGGCAACGACAUGGUCGACGAGCCGGGUGUGAACAUCGUCACGGGCCCGAGUAACUGCCCCAUUCUCAAGUACGCUAUGUUCUACGACGGGGGCGUCAUCGUGGACGAGGACAUCCUCAACGGCACGGACAUCCGCAACUACAACUCUAUGCAGACGAUCGUAUCCCUGGGGACGCUGUCGGAGACUCCUCCACAUUCAACUUCCCACCCGACGACCAUCACCGUAGAAGCGGAUAUCGGCGUGGCGAGGAAGAGGAAUAAGAAGAAACCAUCUACCCCCUCAACCCACUCGUUGGUGUUCGUACGCAGACCGAGCUUAGCACGGCGGCAGGUGGUUGCGCACCUCAAGUCCACGGUCGCCAACCCGAGCAACGGGCUCGACAUCUGGGCUGCAGAGGGCCGGCUGGACGUCGCACAUCAACAACAUCAUGGAGACGACCCCGGAAAUCUGCCCGAUCUACGGCGAGGACAGGAGCCCGGUGACGGCCGGUACGAACACGUGAGGCUGGGGCUGGACGAACCUCCGGAGCCAGUGUUAUGCAAGUGCAGGAACCUGGUCAGGAUCCUGGAGUCGGUCAGCCGGAAGGUAGCGAGCACGGCCGCCAUCACAAACGCGUCGGACAACAUGACCAUGGAGUCCCUCCCGCACCCGAGCGUGAACAUGGUCACGAUAUACGCCGUGUCGUAG